CGUUGACGCGCAGAUCGCAAGCGACGAGAUCUUUCUCCAAGGACAGAUAGUUUCCAACCUUGGAGCAUUUGGAGAGUCCUUCUCCUUGAAAGAGUCACAGUAUAUUGUCUGGUGCAUCUGUCUACGCAGUUUCAUGACAGCCGCUUAAUUCCUGGACCCGAAUGCAGAACCAAGCCAGAAUGUUGCAAGGUGGAGCAACCGAUCUCAGACAACUGCUUGAGCGGUCAAGACAGCUCACAGUUCACAUUAAUCCGUCUGAUGUGCCACAAUUGGAACGUGGUCUUGAUCAGAUCAAGGCCGAGUCAAAGCGCCUCUACAAGCGGACGACCCGUGUAGCAGAACCAGGAACGACGAGUACUGGACCUAGUGGUCCAGCUGGGAUGGAUCCACGAACUGCUAUUCUACUCGCCAACAAAGGUUUCGAUCCAGAUAAAGUCCGCCAAAACCUCGAUCAGAUUGAUUUGGCACAAAGCUUUGAGCCCCUGCACGCUGUACGGGAUACCGACAUUGAGGGAUAUCUAAACAAUGAGUAUGAAAACAUUGUGACGGUUGCCAUUCAUGAGACAAAGAGAGAAACGGAUAAGGCAUUUGACAAUGCAUUCGAAAAGUUGCUGUAUCGAGACUGGGAACGAGCUAGGAAGAAGGUCUUCCAGGAAUUAGGGGCGCACAGUGCUCCAUGGGGUACUCCGGAUCACAGUGGUGCUCAGGUUGGAAGUUUUCGUAUGGACCAAUCUAUUGGCCCCAGAAGAGCAGGAAUAGGUGGCCUUGGUGCGGGCCCUGGAGCUGGUACCGAUACUUCUAGGACCGAGAGCGGUAUGGGCAUGCAUCCGCGACUCGGAGCGUACUUCAAAGUGGUGCGAGAGAUCAAUCAGAGGCGACUGGCAGGACAAAACGUUGAUGUCAUUAUUGCAUUUUUCGAAGCCGCUCAGACACUUGCGACCAACGACACGUCCCAGCGCAUGCUGGCACGAUGCUGGACCCUUUUGUACCGAAUGCUUGGAGGAGAUCUCGAUUACGCAAGAGAUCCCAGCCGACCGCUUUUGGAGCCACGUCAAUUCGCCGGUGUCCUCGCAAACCCUGCUACAGCGGGUGAAUUUCGACAGAAAAUCGCCAAAGGCGCGCGCGCUUGGCUGGAGGAUAACUAUCGUAGUUGGGUUUCGGAUUUUGUUCGCAGACAGCAUGCAGCUGUUGGAGGCAAUCCGACUGUGCACAGCGAAGUGAAGGCCAUGUUGGAAAUGCGGUUCUGUAGGAAUACUGGCUGGAUGAGGGGAUUAAGACUCGUCCACGGUCAUCCAUUUUGGGCACAUGUCUUCACUUUGGUGCGAUGCGGAUUGAUCCAAGAGGCAAGUCAACAUAUCGAUCAGCACGCAGACUUUUUGAAAACGGCCGCCCCCUAUUUUGCGGCAUACUUUAAAGCUUGGGCACAAGAUCCUUCCGGUAGACUCGCGCGGGAACUGCGUAAUCGAUUGCUCCAGGAAUGGAACGCCCAUUUGCGAGAUCACGAUAAUGAUCCCGAAGUCGAUCCCUUCCAACUCGCGCUGUACAAAAUCAUUGGACGUUGCGAUGUAUCCAUUAAAACAAUACGCAACUCUAACGUAAUCGGGUCAGCCGAGGACUACAUGUGGCUGCAGUUUAUGCUUGCAAAGGAGCAAGUGCUCGAAACUGAUGCGCUACAAGAACGGUACACAUUACGUGACGUCUCUCUCAAAGUCCGGCACUUUGGUCUUGACCACUUCAAAAACCCAGUGAUAUGGUUUCAGAUGCUUCUGCUCUGCGGUGAUUUCGAAUUGGCGAUAUCUGAAUUGUUGAAGCAGGAAGCUUUCUCGGUGGACGCACUUCACUUUGCGAUCGCAAUGGUUUAUUAUGGCGUUUUACGGGUGCCAAAGAAUCCGAAUGAACUUCAAGAUGGGAAUAUGCUAAUUGUGGCGGAACAGGUCUCUCUUCCUUCCAAAACAACCUACACAGUGUACAACUUCAACGUCGCGCAAUUGAUUGGAGCGUUUGUAGGGGAUCUUGGACGAAGUGAUCCAAUCGCUGCCCUACAAUACGUGUUCUUCCUCGGUCUUUUGGGUGAGCCGCUCACACAUCAAGAUAUGCAACUUGCAUGGGGACAACGGGCGCAAUCGGUUUCUUCGCAAGGGGGCCCGCAAUAUACCACCUUUGCGCAUCGACUGAUUCGUGAUGUGGCUUUGGCGUCAAAGGACUUUGAGAAGCUUCUUGGAGAGGCUGGGCCUACUGGAACCCACGUGCCUGGUGAAGCUGAACGGUAUCGAUCCCUCCUCCACAUACGCAAUGCGGAAGAGUUCAAGCUAUAUAUCACAAUACCAUCGGCAGAGCAAGCAGAGCGGGCUGGUCGAUUCCAGGACGCCCUACGGCUCUACUAUCUUGCUGGAGAGCACGGUCGCGUUAUUGAGCUUUUGAGUCGGCAACUUAGCGACAGGCUCAUUGCUCACCGAUACCGCGAUGAUGUGGAUUCGAUAUCGCGUGAUGACCAUUCGGGACAGAUAACGGACGUGUUUGUGCGCGUUGGCGAUCCUGUGGAGCUGGCACAACAGCUGUUGGACUUUUACAAGAGUAAUCCACAAAUGCUGGGGAGAAUUACCAUUGAAGCUCGUCAAACAUGUGAAUUGCUCACCAGAUUAAUGCGAUUCAUGCAGCUGUGCGACAGAACAGCUUACGAUGCCGCAUUACCCCUUCUACUGCAGACGGGGCUGGUGCCAACCAAUGUGAAUGAGGUUCAUGCCAAGGCCAACGCGUUCAGACUGGUUUCGGAUUUAGUGAGCAAGACCAUGUCCGAUGUUUUGAUUGCAGCUUGUACAGCCAUUAGCCAUAUCCACCAAACACUCACGAUGCAGCGGGUGACGGCUGGACAAGCACCAGGACGGGACCGACACCUAGCGGAGCUCAAGGAGCUAGCGGCUGCUUUGACCAUGUAUGCGGGACAGCUGCAGUAUAGAAUUCCGAGCGAGACGUUGAGCAUUAUGAACAAGUUAUUUGUGAACAUGUAGUUUGUUCUGGCAGUUGUGCUGAAUGCAACUGGCUUCUCGCUUUGGGAUAGUGGUGCCAAAUUAAUGAGAAUAUGUGGAGGGAAAUCUUGUAUAUGAGGGGGCGGCGUUUCAAUGAAUACAUGUAAAUUUGAAAUCAGCUGCUGUCAGAAACUAAGUGCUUGACCU